AUGAGACAUCAGGAACGUCGUGUUCCCCCACCAGGAUUCGCUCAUCCACCGCCGCAGUACCUUCCACAAGAUGGUGCUGUAAUGGGACCACAUCAACAGUCAGGUCCUGGCGUUUUUGGGCAAUGUGAUGGAAACUUCGAUAAGGAAAAGGUCACGUAUGACGGUCCUUCGUCGUUUCAUCGCGGUAUGCGAUACGAAAACGACUCCUCCAUGAUGAGUGGCGAGCCAAUAAUGUUUAGUCGGGGCCAACCUAUGAUGAGCAAUCCAGAACCAUCAAAUGCGAUACGAUGA